AGCUCACGAGGUUUAGCUUAUUCACAAUUACAUAAGAGGCUCUACACGGCACAUCGUAUCAGCUAAAGAUCUGUAACCAAAAUAUACUUGAUCUAACCCAUUUCCAUCGAUCGAUCUAUCAAUCUCUCUCACACACAUACACACAAAAACACACACUUACAUACAUGUGAACAGAAAAAAGAAGGAAAAGAAAAAAUGGCGUUUAUGGCUGUUCUUGAAUCAGAUCUAAGAGCUCUCUCCGCCGAAGCUCGCCGUCGUUAUCCCGCCAUUAAAGACGGAGCUGAACACGCUAUCUUAAAGCUGCGGUCAUUAUCAAGUUCUAGUGAAAUUGCACAACAUGAUGAUAUAUUAAGGAUAUUUUUGAUGGCUUGUGAAGUUAAAACAAUCAAAUUGAGCGUAAUCGGGUUAUCGUGUUUACAAAAACUCAUAGCACAUGAUGCUGUUGCUCCACUAGCUCUGAAUGAGAUCCUUGUUACUUUAAAAGAUCAUGGUGAGAUGGCAGAUGAAGGCGUUCAACUUAAGACUCUCCAAACAGUACUCAUAAUAUUUCAAUCCCGCCUACAACCUGACGGUGAGGAGCAUACUGCCCAAGCUCUUGGUAUCUGUCUUCACCUUCUUGAGAAUAGCAGAUCCUCUGAUAGUGUGCGGAAUACUGCUGCGGCGACUUUUAGACAAGCUGUGGCAUUAUUAUUUGAUCGUGUUCUUUCUUCCGAGUCACUUCCUGCUGGCAAGUUUGUUCAUGGUGGAUACAUUUCACGAAGUACUUCGGUUACCUCUGACGUCAAUCACAGUAUCAACAACUCAAAGUCACUGGAGGAAGACUUUGCCUCCUUAGGCAAAUUAAAGAUGAGAGAGACCCCAACUAAAGCUGGAAAACUUGGGCUACGUUUGCUUGAGGACCUGACAGCUCUUGCUGCAGGUGGAUCUGCGAUCUGGUUACGUGUUGGCUCCAUUCAGCGAACUUUUGCUCUUGAUAUACUUGAGUUUGUUUUGUCUAAUUAUGUGGCUGUCUUUAGAACUCUGCUACCUUAUGAGCAGGUCUUACGACACCAGAUUUGUUCACUUCUAAUGACUUCACUUCGUACCAAUUCUGAGAUUGAAGGAGAAACUGGAGAGCCUUACUUUCGUCGUCUUGUCUUGCGGUCAGUGGCCCAUAUAAUUAGGCAUUAUAGUUCAUCCCUCAUCACUGAAUCUGAGGUAUUUCUCAGCAUGUUAGUUAGGGCUACAUCUCUUGACUUGCCAUUGUGGCAUCGCAUUCUUGUACUUGAAAUCUUGAGGGGUUUCUGUGUGGAAGCACAUACUCUGAGAAUCCUAUUUCAGAACUUUGAUAUGAACCCAAAAAACACAAAUGUAGUUGAGGGUAUGAUAAAAGCUCUUGCUCGGGUGGUUUCAAGUGUUCAGCUUCAGGACUCAAGUGAGGAGAGCUUGGCAGCUGUUGCAGGAAUGUUUACUAGUAAAGCCAAGGGAAUUGAAUGGAGUUUAGACAACGAUGCAUCCAAUGCUGCUGUUUUGGUUGCAAGUGAGGCCCAUGCAGUAACUUUGGCUAUUGAGGGUCUUCUUGGAGUAGUUUUCACUGUGGCAACUUUGACAGAUGAAGCAGUGGAUGUUGGUGAGCUUGAAUCCCCAAAAUGUGAGUCUGAUCCACCAGCAAAGUUGAUUGGAAAAACAGCAGUUCUAUGCACAACGAUGGUUGAUUCAGUGUGGCUGACUAUUCUCGACUCGCUAUCAUUAAUUUUGACCAAAUCACAGGGAGAAGCUAUAGUGUUGGAGAUAUUGAAAGGUUAUCAAGCAUUCACACAGGCAUGUGGGGUUCUUCGGGCUGUAGAACCUUUGAAUUCGUUUCUUGCAUCACUUUGCAAAUUCACCAUAAGUUCAUCAAGUGAAGCUGAAAGGAAAAGCCGUAGUUUACAAUCUCCGGGAUCAAAGCGGACAGAAGUAGUGGUGGAUCAAAGGGAUGCUGUAGUUCUUACGCUUAAGAAUGUGCAGGCCCUCAGGACUCUCUUCAACAUAACUCAUCGAUUAUACAAUGUUCUGGGACCUUCAUGGGUGUUGGUUUUGGAGACUUUAGCAGCACUUGAUCGAGCGAUUCAUUCUCCACAUGCAACAACCCAGGAGGUAUCUGCAGCUGUUUCAAAGCUUACCAGAGAACCAUCUGGCCAGUAUAGUGACUUCAGUAUUCUCUCAUCAUUGAAUUCUCAGUUGUUUGAAAGCUCUGGAUUGAUGCAUAUAUCUGCAGUUAAGUCGCUUCUUUCUGCUCUCCGGCAGCUUUCCUAUCAAUCGAUGGCUGGAACUUUAAGUGGUGUUUCACAAACAUCAAGUCAGAAAACAGGAAGCAUUAGUUUUGCAGUGGAGAGAAUGAUAUCCGUCCUGAUCAACAAUCUUCACCGGAUUCAGCCAUUGUGGGAUGAAGUUGUUGGCCAUUUUAUUGAGCUUGCCAAUAGCCCUAAUCACCACUUGCGAGCAAUGUCACUUAAUGCUUUAGAUCAAUCAAUUUCAGCGGUGUUAGGUUCUGAUCAGUAUGAGGAGAAUGCAAUGUCAAGACACCAUGCUAUAAAAACAGAAAUGAAGGCACUUGAAGUCUCUGUAAUAUCUCCAUUACAUGUCCUUUAUGAUUCAUGUUCAAGCAGUGAUGUUCAAGCUGGAUCUUUAAAAAUUCUUCUGCAUGUUUUGGAGAGACACGGAGAUAAGCUGUGUUAUAGCUGGCCAAAUAUUCUUGAAAUGCUAAGAUCAGUUGCUGGAUCAUCUGAAAAGGAUCUUGUCACUCUUGGAUUCCAGAGCCUACGAGUUAUCAUGAAUGAUGGGUUGUCAACUGUACCUUCAGAGUUUCUCCAUGUAUGUAUAGAUGUUACUGGUGCAUAUAGUUCUCAAAAGACUGAAUUGAAUAUAAGCUUAACAGCAAUUGGUCUGCUUUGGACUUCAACUGACUUUAUUGCCAAAGGUCUGUACGAGGGUUUCAUAGAAGAUGGGAAAGGAGAAGGUCCAGAGCACAACAAUGGUAAAAAGAUAGAACUGACUGGGGGUACCAUCAAAAAAGUUGACCAAGAAGAUUCCUCUACAAUCGUAGCUGAACAUGAAAAAUUGUUGUUUUCUGUUUUUUCGUUACUCCAGAACCUGGGAGCCGAUGAAAGGCCAGAGGUUAGGAACUCAGCCGUGCGGACACUUUUUCAAACCCUUGGAAGCCAUGGACAAAAGCUUUCAAAGAGCAUGUGGGAAGAUUGUCUUUGGAAUUAUGUUUUCACUACAUUAGAUCGUGCUUCUCACAUGGCUGCAACAUCCUCCAAAGACGAAUGGCAUGGAAAAGAACUUGGUGUCCGUGGUGGAAAAGCAGUUCAUAUGCUCAUACAUCAUAGUCGGAACACCGCUCAAAAACAAUGGGAUGAAACACUUGUGCUUGUAUUUGGUGGAAUUGCUCGUAUUAUGCGUUCUUUCUUUCCACUAUUGAGAAGUAUAACCAAUUUUUGGUCUGGAUGGGAGUCUUUGCUUCGUUCUGUGAAGAACAGCAUUGCAAACGGUAGUAAGGAGGUUGCCCUUGCUGCAGUAGGUUGUUUGCAGUCAACAGUCCUCUCUCAUUCACCCAAAGGAAAUCUGCCAAUGCCCUAUCUCAAAUCUGUGCUUGAUGUUUAUGAUAUUGUUCUUCGGAACCCAACUGCAUGCAGUGACAUGGCAGCAAACAAGGUGAAACAGGAAAUAAUACAUGGCCUAGGAGAACUAUAUGUGCAUGCACAAGGAAUGUUUGAAAGUAACAUGUACUCACAGUUGCUUUCUGUCAUUGAUUCUGCAAUCAGAGAAGCAAAGAUCACUCAAAACAAUUUUGAAGCUGAAUUUGGACAUGUUCCGCCAGUGCAGCGUGCAAUACUGGAAAUCUUUCCACAACUACGUCCACCUAAUCAUUUGCCUUCAUUGUGGACAAUUUUCUUCCGAAAACUAUUACAUUAUCUUCCAAAUUCUGAUUCUGAUUCUUCAGAACAGAAUGAAGGUGAUGUUGCGAAGCCAGUUGAAUCGAGAGGCUAUAGUGAUCAUCCAAAUGGGACUACUUCUAGCGAAGACAUAGAAUCUUCGUCUUCAAGCUCCAAUUUAAGAAAAACUUCAGCAAUAUUCAUCUCAAGUGAUUUAUUUGCCGAAAAGCUUAUUCCUGUGUUGGUUGAUGUGUUCUUACAAGCACCAGUAGCUGAGAAGUCUAUUACUUUUCCUUAUAUUAUUCAAGGUCUUGGUAGGUGCAUGAUAACAAGAAGAGAAAAUCCUGAUGGUGGACUUUGGGGACUAGCUGUUAAAAGCUUCAACCAAUUACUUGUUGAUGACAUUGGCAAAUUAGUACAACGAUCAGGGACUGAUCAAAGCACCAACAGGCCUGCAAGAAUACGUCUUUGGAAAGAAGUUGCUGAUGUUUAUGAAAUAUUCCUUGUAGGCUAUUGUGGGCGUGCUCUUCCUUCCAAUUCACUUGCUGCGAUAUCCAAGGAGGAUGAUGAAUCCCUUGAAAUGGAACUUUUGGAUGUUUUGGGGGAUAAAAUUCUGAUGUCAGACAUCGAUGCCUCUCCUGAUAUCUUGGAACGGUUGAUAGUUACCCUUGAUCGAUGCGCGUCACGUACAUGUUCCUUGCCUGUUGAGACGGUUGAACUUGUGCCUCCUCACUGUAGCAGAUUUUCUCUCACUUGCUUGCAUAAGUUGUUUUCCUUGAGCAGUUACAACAAUGAAUCAAACAAUUGGAAUCCAACACGAAGUGAAAUAAGCAAAAUUUCGGUGAUGAUACUUAUGACAAGAUGCGAAUACAUUUUGAAGAAGUUCUUAGCCGACGAGAAAGAAUUGGGUGAACGUCCAUUCCCAUCGGCAAGAAUCAGUGAGAUUGCUUUUGUACUCCAAGAGAUGGCACGUGUUAUCCUGCAUACAGACACUGCUUCAGUUCUUCCUUUACAUCCUUUCUUGAAGGGUGGUCUCUUAGAGGAGAAUGCUGGUCAACGUGCACAUUUGUUUGUCCUUUUCUCACCUUUAAGUGAGCUUGUUAAGUCAAGGAAUUCUCGAGUUAGAGAUCUAGUGCAAGCUUUACUUAGACUAGUUAGUGUGGAACUUAGACUAGAUAAAAUUUGCUUGACAAAUUAACUGCAUUUAGCAAUAUUAUCUGCUUGCAUUCUCCAACAGUUGUGCUGGAAGGUUCCUUCAUGCAGUUUGUCAAAUGAGAGAAACUUUUAGGUUAGAUUGUGUUUGUACAAGUGUUGGUGAGAAAGUGUCAGUUUUGAUAUUUGUUUUUUCCCCUCAUUUUUUGAGUGUAUUGUAAAUUUCGGUUAUUGCCGGUGUAUUUGUAAUCUCUUUAUAAAGAUAGGUUGUGAUUAGCUAUAGACAGUUUUAUUAUUCUCCUGAUUUGUUUAUACACUUAAUAUAUAUGAGCUGUUAUUUUGGUACAUAAAA